GGAAAUGAGGGGAGCGUGACAAGAGGACGCGGUGCUCGAAGGAGCAGGAGAGACGGUGGGUGUCCCAUCCAGCACCAUCCACACUCGGUGAGGAUAACCACCACACACUGCUGGGGCUGCCUUUGGCAUGGGAGCCCCAAGCAUCCUGCCCAAAGCCAGGCCUUGCCCAAUGGCAUGUGACUUGUGCCUCUCACAUGUGUCACCAGGUGAAUGAGCCUCUGUCCCCUUUGGGCAAGAUCCAUGCUCCCCUGAGAGGAGGUUUUGCUCUCGGGCAAGAGUCCCUGGGCAUGGGUGUUCCUUUGGGUGCAGCAUCCCCAAAGCCCGUUAUCAGCAGAUGCUUUUUUGGGGCUCCUCUUGCUCUGUUGGCCAAACUCUCCAGCAUGGAUUAGGAGGGGAUGGAGUGAGGCACAGCUUUGGGCACACCGGUGCCAUCCAGGUCCCUGCUGCCGCCCUCACCAGCAUGAGCAGGAGGAGAUACUGGCUCAGCUUUAAAACAUUGGGUUUUUGUCAGUGUCAGUUGGCACUGACAGGUGUGUUGGGAACACGUGACAAGCACUGACCCCAAAUCCAUUGGGCUUGGUGCUGCCAUCCUCACAAACCUUCCUGGCACUGCCUCAGCAGCAGGGCCCUGGAUGGCAAGAUGGGGGAGCAUGGAUCUGGGGCCACUUGGCUGGCAGUGUUGCCUUGGGGGUGAAGCUGUGGGGCAGCAGCUCCAGCCGGGAAGCAGGAAUGAUGCUGUCAGGGGGAGAGGGGUGAGAACCAGAGCCAGGAUUUCCCUCAGCUGUGUUUAGCAGCUGAGGCAGGGGUUAACCAGCCCAGGUGUCCAGCAGGAUCAACACAGAUUAACAGCACUUUCACGGUCCCCUGCUACAGGAACCCUCACUAAAAUUAACCCAAGGCUUGAGAGUCUUUUGUAGCAGGCAGGCGGAGCUGCUGGAGCCACACGUGGUCACCCUGGGCCAUCCCAGGGGCCCUUCCCGGGCCGUUCUGCAGUCUCCGCCUCAGUUUUCCCGUUGGAGCUUUUGAUCCGUGACUUGCCGUGUGAAUUUUGUCAAGCCCUUGUAGCUAAACUGAUGACAGAGAUGGAAUAUAGCCCCGUGACCCAUCGGAGGGGGGACCCUGCGAGGGGAGGGGGUGGCAGCGAAGCAGUGAGGCGACAGCUCUGCGGAAAGCCGGCAACGGCGACAGCCGGCGUUACCCCGUGGUGGGGCCGAGGGACAGAGGGGACGCUCCAGCUGAGCACGAGCCGCUGCCAUGGGCUCCCGGCACUUCCCCGCCCGGACCGUGCUCUUCGAGAAGGAAUCCAACGGUGUCACAUACCGUGUGCCCGCCCUGCUCUACCUGCCCUGUGUGGCCAAGCUGCUGGCGUUUGCCGAGGAGCGGCUCAGUGCCGACGAUGCCCACGCCAACCUGCUGGUGCUGCGCCGCGGCUCCAUCUACGGCAGCUAUGUGGAGUGGGAAGACAUGCGUGUGCUGGAGACGGCAACGCUGCAGCACCAUCGGUCAAUGAACCCCUGCCCAGUCUACGAUGAGUUCACAGGCACCCUCUUCCUCUUCUUCAUCACGGUGCUGGGCAGGACGCCCGAAGCCUACCAGAUUGUCACUGGCCAGAAUGUCACCCGCCUCUGCUGUGUGACCAGUGCUGACCAGGGCCUGAGCUGGAGCACAGCCACAGACCUGACGCAGCAGGUCAUUGGUGCGACCAUCAAAGACUGGGCGACGUUCGCGCUGGGCCCUGGGCACGGGAUCCAGCUGCGCUCCGGCCGGCUGCUGGUGCCUGCCUACAGUUACCACAUCGACUGCAAGGAGUGCUUUGGGCAGCUCUGCAAGACCACCCCGCACUCCUUCGCCUUCUACAGCGACGACCACGGCCGCGGCUGGCGCUUCGGGGAGUUCAUCCCCAACCUGCAGACGGGCGAGUGCCAGCUGGUCUCAGUGGACGAGGAAGAUGGAUCCAAUGUCCUCUACUGCAACGCCCGCAGCCCCUUGGGCUUCAGGGUCCAGGCGCUCAGCACGGAUGACGGGGCUGUCUUCCACAGGGGGCAGCUUGUCCAGCGGCUGGUCGAGCCCCCCCAUGGCUGUCACGGCAGUGUCAUUGGCUUCCCUGCACCAUUCGUGUAUGUCCCCUCCACCUCCCGGGACACUGGGAUGCCCUUCAGGGGCUCACAUCGCUGGCCACUCCCUGGGGCACUCCGGGGAUUUAGGCACCUGCCCACCCGAUGGGCAGGAGGUGCUGAGCUGCCCACUGGCAACCACCAUGAGCCAGAUGGGCCCGAUGAGGAUUGUCCUACCCCUGGGCAUCACGAUGAUGCCCACAAUGUCACCAUGGUCCAGGGGGACUCUGCAGCAACCCCCCCCAGCCCCACUCCCUUCUUCCAAGCACCAACCUGGAUCCUCUACUCCCACCCCACCAGCUCCAUGUCGCGGGUCAACAUGGGGGUUCACCUGAGCACCUUCCCUAGGGAUGCGGAGAGCUGGACAGAGCCCUGGGUCAUCUACGAGGGCCCGAGCGCUUACUCGGACCUGGCUUACAUGGAGCUGCCCUACAGGGACGCGCCGGUGGCCGGCGGCGCUGCCAUCGCCUUCGCCUGCCUCUAUGAGAACGGGAUGAGGUCACCCUACGAGCAGAUCUCCUUCAGCAUGUUCACGCUGCUCGACGUGCUCCAGAACAUUCCCCUGACGGCCGCUGCUCCGCGGCAGGGCCGCAGCCCCGCGUGCCACAGGGGGAAGAGGAGGCGAAGGAGCUGCCUCAUCUCCUAGAGACCCCCAGCUCAGCUCCCCUGUCCCCCUGGUGCUGGAUCCUGGAGCAUCAACCCACAGCCUGGGUCCUGCCACCAUCCAACACGGCCACAUCACACAGAGGUGUGUUACUGUCCCCAAACUGGGUUUUAUCUCAUUUUUAUUGCUAUUUUUUAAUUCUGUAUUGGUUGGGUGGGGAGGCUUUUGCCCCCAGCACUGCCCCAGACUCCUCUCCAAGAGAGAGACACCUCUGGAAACAGAUACUGGGGGGCAACAGCAGCAGUGCAGGGGGGAGGCAGCCAGGGGUACCCUGUGCCAUCCCUGUGUGCCAGGUGCUGGCUCAGGGGGACAUGAUGCUCCAGCUGUGCCAUGCCUGGUACCAACACCCUGCUCUGAGGACUUUCCUCCCCUCGUCAUAAAUAGGCUAUAUAAAUAUGUUAUAUGAUGUUAAAUUCCUUCUUUUUCAUGAAAAGACUUUUUCUCAAUGGUCUCUCUGAAGUCACUGUGAGGGUUUGGGCUGGUGUAGAGUUCUGUUCCUUCAUUGUAGCUGGGAUGGGGCUGGGUUUUAUAUUUGGGCUGAUGAUAAAGAAAUGUUUGUGUUGCAUUACUUGUCUGUCUGGGCUUUUAGUUCUCUCUGUUAUUUUCCUUUUCAUUCCUAUUUGUUAUUUCAAUUAUUAAACUGUUCUUAUGUCAACCCAG